AUGAAUCCCGAGGAAGAAAAAGUAAAGAUAAUAACAGAGGAGUUCCUUGAAAAUGAAGAGGAUGCCCAAGUGGGAAGAGUGGAGAAGGGCUCGAAGGCUCAAAGACAAAGAAGAAAGAAACAGCCACUGACUGCUGGUCCUGAGGAGAUGGUGUCAGAAAAACCCCAUGACGACAACCAGGAGGAACCCACACAGCAAGAGCCCGAGACUCGCCUCCUGAGCAUGGCAAGCCGGCGAGGCCCACGAAGCUUACCUCCAAUUCCUUCAGCUUCCAGAACAGGCUUUGCAGAAUUUUCCAUGAGGGAACGCAUGAGGGAGAAAUUACAAGCUGCAAGGGUUCCACCUGGCUUCCCUUCUGCAGAAGAGGCCUAUAACUUCUUUACUUUCAACUUUGAUCCCGAACCAGAAGAACCAGAGAAAAAACCAACAGCCGGAAAUAGAGAUGACGCUAAUCAGGAGGAGGGUGGAGAGGAAGAAGAGCAGCCUGUGCAAGAAGGCGUGAACAAGGUGGAUGAAGAGGAGCUACUCAGUGGUAAAGAUGACCAUGACUUCCUACUGGGCUUAGACCAGAUGGCAGAAGAUUUUGUAGCAGUCAGACCUGCAGACUAUGAAAGCGUUCAUGUCCGGAUGCAGAUGGAAAAAGAAAUCUUGUUUAUACCCAGUAGGCUGAGAGUUCCUACCUAUAAAAAGCUUCCUGAGAACGUGCAGCCCAGAUUCCUGGAAGAUGAAGGCCUUUACAUCGGGGAAAGACCAGAGAUGCCACGCAGGAACCAGAACAUUGCAGAGAACAGGUUGCUGGUGCAGGAGCCUGGAAGAGGAUGGUUUGGAGAUGAUGGCAGAAUCCUGGCACUGCCAAACCCAAUUAAGCCAUUCCCUGCAAGACCCCCAGGGUUAAAACAGGAGGAGGAUGUCAAGGCAGAGCUGGAAAUGCUGUAUAAAAAGGCAGUUCAAUAUGUCAGCUGCAGUCAGCAUGUGAUUGGAGCUGGAGACCUUCCUGGCAAUUUCCAAUUGGCCAUUGAUAUUUCAGGCUUAAUAUUCACUCACCAUCCUUGUUUUAGCCGAGAGCAUGUUUUGGCAGCCAAGCUGGCUCAACUAUAUGACCAGUACCUUGCAAGACGUCAGAGAAACAAGGCAAAAUUUCUUAACGAUAAGCUCCAAGCCCUGAGAAACGCUGUUCAGACUGGUCUUCAUCCAACCAAACCACACAAGUCUCUUAAAACAGCCCAGAAGGCCAUCAAUGAGUACAAAUCAGAAAUUCGGCAAACAAGAAAACUACGUGACACAGAACAAGAAAAAGAUCGAACAUUGCUUAAGACCAUUAUAAAAGUUUGGAAAGAGAUUAAAUCACUCCGAGAGUUCCAGAGGUUUACAAAUACACCCUUGAAACUUGUUUUGAGAAGGGAAAAGAUUGACCAGAAAGCAGAUGAAGAAGCAUACGAAGCAGAAAUUCAAGCCGAACUAAGUGAAUUGUUGGAAGAGCACGUGGAAGACUAUGAACAAAAGAUGGAGGAGUACAGAACAGCACUUCAGCAGUGGAAAGCCUGGAAGAAAGCCCAGAGGGCCAAGAAGAAAAAAAAGAAACAAGUAGCAGAAGAACACCCCGAUGAGGAGACUGAGGAGCCAGGUCCUGGAGAAGAGCCGUGUCCUGGGGAGGAUCCUGUGAAGCCCAUCCCUCCGGAGCUCAUGGAUCAAGCAGUGAUAGAGCAGCAGGUGAGGGAGAGAGCAGCCCAGAGCUGGAGACGGCCUGGGGAGCCCACACUGGUCCCAGAGCUGAGCCUGGCGGGGAGCAUAACGCCCAACGACCAGUGUCCCAGGGUGGAGGUGUUGAGGCGGGAUGACGUGAAGAGGCGCUCGGUGCACGUGAAGGUGCUCUUCAACAACAAGGAGGUGUCCCGGACGGUCAGUCGGCCACUAGGGGCAGACUUCCGGGUCCACUUUGGACAGAUUUUCAACUUGCAAAUAUUCAACUGGCCCGAGAGUUUAACACUUCAGGUAUAUGAAACAGUCGGACACAGUGGUACCACCUUGCUAGCCGAAGUGUUUCUGCCUAUCCCUGAAACAACAGUUGUCACUGGAAGGGCUCUCAUUGAAGAAGUUGAGUUUAGUAGUAAUCAGCAUGUGACACUGGACCACGAGGGAGUCGGAAGUGGCGUGCCCUUCUCAUUUGAAGCUGAUGGUAGUCAUCAACUGAUUCUAAUGACCUCAGGGAAAGUGUCCAACAGUGUGGCCUGGGCUGUUGGAGAAAAUGGCAUACCUUUAAUUCCUCCACUGUCACAGCAGAACAUUGGAUUUCGGAGUGCUUUGAAGAGAGCAGACGCCAUCUCAUCUAUUGGCACUUCAGGACUGACCGACAUGAAAAAGUUGGCCAAGUGGGCAGCCGAGUCCAAGCUUGACCCGAAUGACCCCAACAACUCCCCUCUGAUGCAGCUGAUCUCGGUGGCUACCAGUGGGGAAUCCUAUGUCCCUGACUUCUUUCGACUGGAACAGCUGCAGCAGGAAUUUAACUUUGUUUCAGAUGAGGAAUUAAACAGAUCCAAACGAUUUAGACUUCUUCGUCUUCGAAGCCAGGGGGUGCCAGAGUUCCGAAAUUAUAAGCAAAUUCCCAUAUAUGACCGAGAAAUUAAGGAAAAGGUAUUCCAGGACUAUGAGAAACGGUUACGAGACAGAAAUGUAAUUGAAACCAAGGACCACAUAGACACCCAUAGGGCCGUAGUAGCCAAGUACCUCCAGCAGGUUAGAGAAUCGGUGCUAAAUCGUUUCCAAAUUGCCAAACACCACUUUCUUCUUUCUGAUUUGAUAGUAGAAGAAGACGUUCCCAAUAUCAGCAUUUUGGGCCUAAGCCUUUUCAAGCUGGCAGAACAAAAGCGACCUCUGAGGCCCAGGAGAAAAGGACGGAAGAAGGUGACAGCCCAAAACCUGUCUGAUGGAGACAUAAAGCUGCUGGUGAACAUCGUUCGGGCCUAUGACAUCCCUGUGAGGAAGCCCACAGCAAGCAAAUUCCAGCAGCCAUCGAGGUCCUCAAGGACUUUCAAUGAAAAGCAUGCUGCUUCCCCGACCACGUACAGCCCAACCCACAGCGUGGACUACCCCCUCAGCCAGGUUUUAGUACGUCCUUUUGUAGAAGUUUCUUUUCAACGAACUAUUUGCCACACAACUACGGCUGAAGGACCAAACCCCAGCUGGAAUGAAGAACUUGAACUCCCAUUCAGAGCCCCAUUAGGAGAUUACAGCACGGCCAGCCUGCAGUCAGUGAGGGAUGACGUGUUCAUUAACAUUUUCGAUGAGGUUCUCUAUGAUGUCUUAGAGGAUGACCGAGAGAGAGGAAACAGCACCCACACCCGCAUUGAGAGACACUGGUUGGGAUGUGUGAAGAUUCCAUUCAGCACGAUAUAUUUCCAAGCGCGGAUUGAUGGAACAUUUAAAAUCGAUAUCCCCCCUGUUCUUCUGGGCUACAGUAAGGAACGGAACAUGAUUAUUGAGCGAGGUUUCAAUUCUGUGCGAAGCCUAAGUAAAGGCUCCUACAUCACCCUGUUCAUCACCAUGGAGCCUCAGCUGGUUCCAGGAGAGUCCAUUCGAGAGAAGUUUGAUUCUCAGGAAGAUGAGAAAUUGCUUCAAGCAACAGAAAAGUUUCAAGCUGAAUGUGCUUUAAAGUUUCCAAAUCGUCAGUGCCUUACAUCAGUAAUUGACAUAAGUGGAAAAACCGUUUUUAUUACACGUUAUCUCAAGCCUUUAAACCCGCCUGAGGAACUCCUCAAUGUCUACCCCAAUAAUCCACAGGCAACUGCGGAACUGGUGGCUCGCUAUGUGUCCUUGAUCCCCUUCUUGCCUGACACUGUCCCACUGGCUGGCAUCUGUGACCUGUGGAGCACGUCUGAUCAAUUUCUUGAUCUCCUGGCAGGAGAUGAGGAAGAGCACGCAGUGUUGCUAUGUAACUAUUUUCUGUUCCUGGGCAAACAAGCCUGGCUUGUGAUGGGCAAUGCUAUUCCUGAGGGUCCAACUGCCUAUGUGUUAACAUGGGAGCAAGGCCAUUAUUUAAUAUGGAAUCCCUGCAGUGGACAUUUUUAUGGACAAUUCGAUACAUUCUGUCCCCUGAAAAGUGUGGGCUGUUUAAUCGGACCUGAUAAUAUUUGGUUUAAUAUCCAACAAUAUGAUUCCCCUCUAAGGAUAAAUUUUGAUGUCACCAAGCCCAAGCUAUGGAAAUCUUUCUUCUCGAGAAGCCUUCCAUAUCCUGGCCUUUCUAGUGUUCAGGUCUCUUCUCCAGCCUCGAGCCCUGAGGGCAAGGACCACUUGUGUUCCGUUCUUCCUCCCUGGAGAGCAGCGCACGUUAGGAUUGAAAAAAUACUGAAAGAGAACAUCAUGGACUGGAGGCCCCGGCGUCUGACUCGUUGGAACAGGUACUGCUCCUCCACGCUGCGCCAGUUCCUGCCGCUGCUGGAGAGCAGCCAAGGGGAAGAUGUGCAAGACGCGCACCGGGCAGAGCUGCUCAGGCAGCUGGGGGACUGCCGGUUCUCUGGAUUCCCCCUUCACAUGGCUUACUCUGAAGUGAAACCCUUAAUUGAGGCUGUACACAGUACUGGAGUACACAGUACUGACGUUCCCAACGUUGAAUUUGCUUUAGCUGUGUACGUCCACCCAUACCCCAAAAAUGUUUUGUCCGUUUGGAUCUAUGUUGCCUCCCUGAUACGGAACAGGUGA